GGCAACACUGGACAGCGGCACGGAAGUUGUUAUUGUUUACGGGUAGAAGAUUUCGAGUAUUUCUUACAGUGUAGGCUACGCGUCGCUGUCAUCGGCAGCCGUCUAUCAGUUUCUGAAUCAAUCCUAAUUCAGAAAAUGAAAGUAAAAUAGAGCAGCUGUCUUGUUAUUCAGACAAUUUGUAGACUCCUUAAACAACUAGCAUGAAUGAAACCAUUUGUAGACGGUAGGGUAUGGUAGCAGCUAUUCAUCAUGCCAGAAUAUUACUCAAAAUGGAAAGACAAUAUUCGCUUCUACUAUUUUAUCAAGUUCACCCUAAACGUGUACUCUAUGCUCUUUUCGCUCCUGGGCCUGUGCGUGCUCUGCGUGGGGCUGUACGCUGAGGUGGAGCGGCAGAGGCACCGCACGCUGGAGGGCGUGUUUCUGGCCCCGGCCGUGGUGCUCAUCCUGCUGGGCCUGGUGAUGUUUACCGUCUCGCUGGUGGGCAUGGUGGGCUCUCUGAGGGACAACAAGACGCUGCUGCACAUGUUCCUCUGUGUGCUGUGUGCUCUGCUGGCCCUGCAGGCACUGGGUCUCAUCAUAGCUCUCAUUUUCGAAAGGAAGACAGCUGCCUUGUUCCACAAGACCAUUCGAGAGGGCAUAAAACACUACUACGAUGAUCUGGACUUCAAGAACAUCUUGGACUAUGUGCAGCGAAAGUUCUCCUGCUGCGGUGGAGACGAGUAUAAGGACUGGGGCGUCAACCAGUACCACUUCUGCAACGGCACGGGUCCCCUGGCCUGCGGAGUUCCGUACACAUGCUGUGUGUCACAGGUGGGAGAGGUUGUCAACACGCUCUGUGGCUUCCAGACUUUGAAACAGCAGCGGGAGGUUCUGGACGGAGUGAUUCACGUCCGUGGCUGCAUCCACGCGGUCAAUCUCUGGAUGGGGGACAACGUUGGCGCUACCAUUGGGCUCUGCUGCGCAGUUGGCCUGCCACAGAUGCUGGGUAUCGUCCUCACUUGUGUCUUCUGGGACAUUCUGGUGGAGUUGAGCGAGUCCGAGGACAUGGUGGACUUCAAGAUCCUGAAGCGGGCCGGCUACAAGUACAACGAGCUAGACCUGGGCGGCGCUGGCUGGUGCAUGUGCCUGCCCCGCGAUGGCGGCUACCUGCCCGUGCCUGACUCGGAACCAGACACCUGGGCUCCUGACCUCACCUUCGCUGACCUCGACCAACUCCAAGUCCAGGACCCUCUGACGUACUCCAUACCUGCACCACAACAGUCGGGAUCACUGAUUGGCAUUGAUGAAGUAGACAAUCGUGCAUGAAGGAAAUUUUCAAAAGAAGGGAUACAUUGUAGAUAUUCGGGAUUGUGAAAUGGCUUUUUUUUGUUUUCAAAUCUAUUUAGGUUUCAAAUCUAUUUAGGUUAUUUUGUCCUGACCUUUAGGGGGUUGCCAUGUUACACUGUGUGGUGAUGGAAUUGGCAAUCCAGACAGUUCUGCUCAUCUUUAGACACUGCAGUUUUAGAUUGGUCAUUUUUUUUAUCUGCAUUUGUGCUGUUACUGUUUUUAUUUGGGAUAUAAAUGUCAGUAUAUCGUAUUGUUGAUCAGGACUGCUCAAUAGUUCAUGAGGGUUUUUCAUAAUUUUGUAUUGUUUAGGAUUUUAGCAGUUUUAUGAGAAAAUUCAAGACAAAGCCUUCUUUGCCGUGACAAGAAUUAGUAUUGUAGCAGUUUGAUUUAAAAAAAAAAAAAAAAAAGAAGAAAAAUAGAGAAUUGAGGGUAUUUUUUCUCAGGGUCUUUUUACUUGUUUGUUUUUUUCAGUGUACAACACUAGGUGCCAGUUUCUAGUACAUGGAUGAAGCCUAGUCCUAGACUAAAAGAAAACUUGAGUGAAAAUCUCUAAAAGAAAAAAAAGCACUUUGUCUAUGACUGGGCUUAAGUCACCUACAGGAAACUACAGGAAAUGGCUAUCAGGUGGCACGUCUGCACUGACAAUGGCAUGCUGUAUUCUGCUGACUGCUUUUAUGAAGGUAUGACGAUAAAAAAUGCAGAAGUCUUACAGAUUUAAAAUACUGGUAUUCAGAAGCAUUUUAGAUACUAAAAUUGUAAUUAUUGAUUUUUUGUUUUUGGUGUGAAGUAGCCCUGUUCUAAAUGUAGAGAUCCACAGAAGAUCAUUACAGCCUUUCAGGUUCACUACCGAUCACGCCUUGCCAUGGCCGCAAGUGAAUUGUUUCCUUCCAGUUUCAUGCUAAAAUUACAAUCUUUACCAGUGUGCUGUUGUGCUCCCUCUCUGAAUAUGCAUUGACUGGGAGUAUGUGCUCAUUUUUUAAUCAGUGAGGGGAUACUAUUCUGUUUACAACUGUGUUAGGCUAUCACAACACAGGUUUUAUAACCUCCAUUAUAAAGAAAAUGCUCCCUUUUCUAUUGUAGUUAAAGAAAUCUGUAAACUUGUUCUCAUGGAAUAAAGAAUUACAAGGGCAGAGCUAUUCUCCAUCUGCAUCUUAAGAUCCAUCCCCAUUUUACAGCAUCACAUUACUGCAUCCCAGUCAUCACAUUACUUCCAUCUUCAAUAAACAGAAUCCAGAUGA